AUGUCUCAAGAACAAGCAAGCGCAACAAUUAUUGUGGCCGCCACAAAAUCCAUGGGCAUGAGCUACAAACGGCACUUGCCAUGGCCAAAGCUGAAGCGGGAAAACGGCUACUUCGAAGCCACCACAACAAGGCGCCUCAGUCCGGAGGCCAUGAACGCCGUGAUAUUCGGCUACAACACUUGGGAUAAAACGCCAACUAAGCGAUACGCAGACCGCAUCAACGUAGUCGUGACGCGAUGCCCUGAAAAGGUAGCGCCGCGAUUGCAAGGCGAUGUGCGGAAAGAGCCGCUUCAUGUGGCGACAAGUCUCGAGGACGCCAUGCGCCUUCUGGCAGAUACGUACCGUGGUCCAAGUUCAGCGUCAUCGAGCAGUUCGUCCGACGACGGCUCCUUGCCCGCAUUGGGCAGGGUAUUCAUCAUCGGAGGCGCAGACCUAUGUCGCGAGGCUUUGCAGCUGCCAUGGGUGGACCGCCUGCUGCUUACGCGGGUAGAGGCUGAUGUUGAAGUUGACACUUUUUUUCCGUUGCAGAUUGAUGGAUGCGGGAAUGGGGAUUGGGAGAGGCAGAGCGGAGGGGAUUUUUGUGCUUGGGCUGGACCUGAUGCGCCGGUUGGGAUGCAGAACGAGGGUGGGAUUGAGUGGGAGGCGUAUAUGUUUAGGAGGAGGUUGAGGUGA